CCCAAAGAAAAAAUAAAACUAAAACCCUAAUCAACCCUUUGGCUCCCAAAAGAAACCAUGGGCAGCGUAGUAACUCACUUUAUGUAACGCCCUUUAAAACAGCCUUUCUACUUUCCCAUAUUCCCUCCCUUCACUUUUCCUAAAACCAUCCCAAAAAACUGUCUCUCUCUGCCCUCAAGCAGAGAUGCCGACCCUUCAGAGCCGCUUCCUCUCCGCAGCACCUCUACUUCUUCUGACCCUUCUCCAUCUCGCCGUCUCCUCUUCCGUACACGACCUUCUCCGGUCGAGAGGCCUGCCGGCCGGUCUCAUUCCCAAAGAAGUCAAGUCCUACGCCCUCUCGGACAACGGCCUCCUCGAGGUCUUCCUCGACGCUCCAUGCCUCACCAAGUUCGAGAACAGAGUCUUCUUCGACAGCGUCCUCAGGGCCAAUCUCAGCUACGGCGAGCUCAUGGGCGUCGUGGGUCUGUCUCAGGAAGAGCUCUUCCUAUGGCUUCCCGUUAAGGACAUCAUCGUCGACGACCCAAGGUCCGGUCUCAUCUUGUUCGACAUUGGAGUGGCUCACAAGCAGCUCUCUCUGUCUCUCUUCGAAGAACCUCCAGAUUGCAAUCCCCAAGGUGUGUUGGAGAAGACGACAAGGAUGCAGAGAGGGUUUGAGGCUCAGAGGUAGAGAUAGAAGAUGCUGACCUGUUUGAGCAGUUCCUCUUUAAUGUGUCAAUAGAUGUUAGUCAUCAGCAUCCGUAACUGGCUUAGCUUUUGGUUGGUUGGAGAUGUAAAGAUGUAAAUUUUGGAAUCAUAUUUUCCAGUACUAAUCAAAUAGAAUAUGUAGCCCUAGUGUUCUAACUUUUAUUAA